AUGCACGCAUUCAGAAGAUUUGCUGCCAGACGUUCACUUCCAAGUCACAUGUUGUCUGAUAAUGCAUCGACCUACAUUUCCGCGGCUGAUGAAAUUCGCACACUAUUUGAUACACCGGAAGUCCGAGACUUUCUCGCUGCACACCGAGUGCAAUGGACUUUUAUACCGAAACGUGCCCCGUGGUAUGGAGGUUUUUGGGAGAGAUUAAUUGGGCUAACAAAAAAUGCUAUUAAGAAGACACUGGGUCGAGCGUUAAUAACAUUCGACGAACUCUCAACAUUAGUAACAGAAAUUGAAGCCGUUCUCAAUGAUCGACCCCUUACGUACGUGUCAUCAAGUAUUAAUGACAACAUAGCAUUGACUCCGAAUCACCUACUUCACGGGCGGACAUUGACCUCAUUACCAUAUAUCGAAGUCACUGACGACGAAAUACGCGAUCCUACUUAUCAGUUCUCAGACCACCGUGAAAUGAAUAAUCGUUAUGUCCACUUGUCAAGAUUACAUGCUCAAUUUUGGCGAAGAUGGUCGACCGAAUAUUUGACUGCCCUUCGAGAGAGACACCCAACUACAGGAAGUAAAGGGAAUACAAUAAAAGUUGGAGAUGUUGUGAUAAUCCACAGUGAUGUGGAUAAACGCCAGAAAUGGCAUCUUGGCACCGUAACUAAAUUAGUUUACGGCAACGACCAACUUGUGAGAUCCGCUGAGUUAAAUACAGCUAACGGACCUACCAAUCGGCCGAUACAUAAAUUGUAUCCGUUAGAAGUUGUUUCCAAGGAAUUAACAUCGCCUGAAAGUAAUAAUCAAUCAGAUGUUAGAUUACCUGCAGAGACAAUACAAAUAUUGGACUAA